CAAGGACACCGGGUAGCACCUGUGGUUCCAUUGAAACCAAUGGCAGUUGGGCUGGGUGCUGCAGCUCAGCCUUGCUUUGUUGGCUCCCGUUUGCACUGCUGUGGCUCAGCCUGAGCAGAACAUGUGCUGCUCUGCUGCAUGGGCAGGAUUUUUUCUUUCUUAAAAUUCAAUAAAGAGCCCAAAGACUAAGCAGAAAGAUGGAACAGAAUGUCCUGGAGAGCACCAUCAGCAUCCCGACAGCAGACCACGAUUUGCUGAGUGCCUUAGACUGGAAAGACGGCAUUGGUACCUUACCCAGUAGCAACAUACAAUACUUUUUAAAUGAGUUUGGAAUGCUAGAAAUCAUUACUGAAGUAGAAGCAGAAAAAGCAGAAGCCUUAGAAACUCUUUCAGCCUCAGCAAUAAAUGCCAGUCCAGCCAGCUUUGCUCCUGCUGCUAUCAACGCUCCCGCUGCCUUUAGCACUGCUUUGGAAGUGCCCAAAGACGACGUGCCCUGUUCUGAUUUCCCGACUUGCAAGCAAAUGGAUUGCUUUGAGAAUGGGAAGUUUUGUGCUCAAACAGGCUCACAGCAUCACAGGGACAGUGAUACCAAAGAAAUUCCAGAUGGUUGCAGAAACAGGGGAAAUGGUAGAAAUCUUAAUGCCAGCAUUGGCUGUCAGGUAAAUGAGGCUGACAGACCUGCGAAACGACUCAGAAGAAAGAGAAGAUUGCUUUUGGAGUCUGAGGAUGAUGAGGAAAAUGCAUAUGAGGAUGAGGAGAAGAAUAAAUCAAAUAAUAUGAAAAGCCGCAGAAACAGUAAACCAAUAAAACAAGUUGUUCCUGCAAAGAAGAAGGUGUGGAACUGGAUUUCCUACUUAGAAGAGGAACGGAUGCCAGCUGCUCCCCUCAAGCUGUUCAGAGAGUCUCAGUCAUUCCCACAAGGCCGGAACGGAUUUAAAGUUGGAAUGAAAUUAGAAGGGCUGGAUCCUGAGCAUCCCUCUCGAUUCUGUGUUCUUACAGUGGCAGAGGUACAAGGAUACAGAAUGCGAUUACAUUUUGAUGGCUAUCCGGAGUGCUAUGACUUCUGGGUUAAUGCUGACUCCUCAGACAUCCAUCCUGUUGGCUGGUGUGAAAAAACAAGUCAUAAGCUGCUCCCUCCUAAAGGUUUCAAGGAGGGAGAAUUUAAUUGGACUUCCUAUCUGAAGAACUGCAAAGCUCAAGCAGCUCCGAAAAGCCUUUUUAAGACCCUCAGCACUCCUGUCACGCCAUCUGGUUUUCGUCUGGGAAUGAAACUAGAGGCAGUGGACAAGAAGCAUCCAUCACUGAUGUGUGUUGCAACCAUCAGUGACAUGGUGGAUAAUCGCCUGCUAAUUCAUUUUGAUAACUGGGAUGAGACUUACGACUACUGGUGUGAAUCUAGCAGCCCAUAUAUUCGUCCUGUUGGCUACUGCCAAGAAACUGGAACCCCACUGACAACACCACCUGGAUACAAGGAUCCCAAAGCCUUCUCAUGGGAGAAAUAUUUGGUAGAGACCAACUCGCAGGCAGCCCCAGCAAGAGCAUUCAAGCUGCGUCCUGCUCACGGAUUUCAAGUUAAUAUGAAGUUGGAGGCUGUAGACAAAAGAAAUCCCAUCUUGAUAAGAGUGGCAACCAUAACUGACAGAGAUGACCAUCGUAUUAAGAUACAUUUCGAUGGCUGGGACUGUAACUAUGAUUUCUGGGUCGAUGCAGACAGCCCUGAUGUUCAUCCAGUGGGCUGGUGUGCAAAGACUGGACACGCUUUGCAAGUCCCUCUAGGUGCUGUUGAUCCUGUGGGAACAGUGGGACAAACGUGUCCCACUCCAGGCUGUCAUGGUAUUGGUCAUGUCAGGGGGCCACGAUAUGGAACACAUUAUACGUUAGUUGGCUGCCCAUAUUCUGAUGUGAACCUCAACAAAGAAAACGUGUUACAGGACCGCCUAGGUGGGGAGAGGCCUUCCCCCAGCAGCAGCCUGCAGAAAGCCAAGAGGCUGGAGACCCCUGCCCAAGUUCUGCUCAGAGCAGGAGAGUCUUCUCAGGAGGACUCUCCACAAUCCAGGAAAUCUGCACAAGAGAGUGGAAAGUCCUGUCAAAGCAGCAUUCAGAGUCCGUCAGAGCGGUCUGAAAGCAAUGAAGCAAAAGACAGGGUAGAAGAGAAACCCUCUGGAAACAUCAAAGCCAAACCCAAAAAGCUUGGAUGCUCACAUGCCUACAUAAAGUUGCAGCUGGUGAAACAGGAAAACGACGGGAAAGACCUCGAUUUCAACCUCCAGCAGGCCCUCCACCAGUCCAUCUUCAUGCCUGCCCUGGACUCUAACCCCAGCCACCGCCUCCAUCUCUGCUGGGAGCAGCACUGCAGGCUCUUGCCGGAGGUCUCGGGCCUCACAGCCAAACAUGUGUCCAAGUGGACUGUGGAAGAGGUGGUAAACUUUAUCCAGCGUUUACCUGGUUGCAAAGAACAAGCAGCUGUGUUCAGGGAGGAGCAGAUAGAUGGUGAGGCCUUCCUGCUCCUGAACCAGAAUGACUUGGUUAAAAUACUCAAUAUCAAGCUGGGUCCUGCCCUGAAGGUUUACAAUGCCAUUCUCAUGCUCAAGUCUGCAGAAGAAGAGUGAGAAGAGCCCUUCCCUCGAGCCCAGGAGGAACUGACAGGGAGGCAGAUCUUCACUGAGAGCAUUACAGCAUGCCCACGAGGCAGGCUGCGACUCAGAUAUAUUUUAAGUAGAACUUAUUAAAAAAUAUUUUUAGGACAUAAAAAUCCUGCCACAGUCUGGAAUAUGGGGCAGCUUCACUUCCAAGAAGAGGUUAUUAUAUUUUGUAAUUGAAUUUGGUUUUGAUAUAUCAAUCUCUUUUUGAGAUCUAGAAGAAACCUCCGGUUAUAAGGGGAAUCCAGGGUAACAGUGGUGGAGCUGCAAUAGCAAGAGGACAGAUAUGAGUACAAAGUCUGCUGUGUCCCAUGAGAGUGCCUGAAAGAGACUGAGUUAUCACCAGCAUGUUUAACAGAUGUAUGUAUGAAAGCUCUGAAGAGGAGAGAGUAAGAAAAUGGGUGAGCUUCAGAGCAGCUCCUCUGUAUCCUUCAACGCUGUGAUUCGGGAGCUGACCUUCCCACAACUGAUUCUGAAGUUCCAGUUUCUCGUGCUGAUCCUGGUUGUUCUAAACCCCUUGUUGGCUACUGGGCUGCUUCCACCACAACUGAAUUGCACCAUGGGCAAAGAGUUUCCAUCAGUGGUGGCUCUGAUAACAAGCAAACCGUUGUCAUUUGUGCUGCCAGGCAGUUGGAGGAAGGCCCUGUUCGGAUAGAUUUUGGGUAGGCAAAGAUCUCUCCUGCAGUUAUCUCCCACAGCACCCAAAUAUUCUAUCUCUUUUUUCUCCCAUCAGUGCUUUUGGGCAACUGCUGUCUGGACUAUGAUCAUCUUAUGGCAAAAUAACACAGUCAGGAGCACCUGGUAGUGUGAUGAGUUUGUCCAAGCUGCCUUCACAGCCAACCAAAUGCUAGGAAUGGGAGCUGAAAACCCCACAGUGGACAGCGUAUGCAUACAGGUGCACGCAGAGUUCCUACAAACAAUUUCCUUUUAUUUUCAAACCUCUUCAAAACCUGUGAACACUUCAGUGCUUCGGCAUAUUCAGCCUCCAGGUGGACGUUGGUCCUCAGCAUCUCUGGCAGUGAGGUGGGAAGAGCACAUGGGCAGGUUUGCCUGGAGGGGGAUCAGUCUGAACAGCCAGCAAAGCAAGCUGAGAACUGCUUCUCAAAAGAGAUUUGCUGGUCUGUGUCAGGGAGAAAGCAAAGCUUGUGGCUCUGUUCCUACAUGUGCAGGUGGCAACCCGUGCUUACAUGGCAGAGGUGUAUGCUGGUAUUUCUGCUGUGCUGGAAUUGAGUGUGCUUCUGUGAACAUGUAGCAGAUCCUGAUCUCUCCAUGUCCUUCCCAGUUCCUGAGAAGGUCCUCGUAACAUUCUUAAGGUAGUAAGUUUCUUAAAAGUGUAAAUAGAGCGGAAUCCACACUGCUGAAUGCGUUUGGUCCUGGAUUCGUUGUAGAUAGAGCAAUUUAUCUCCAUACCUUCUAUUUUCAUAUAAAACGUUAAGGAUUUUUAGCCUUCCCCUGCGAAGACAUGGGAGUGGUGGGGUAUUUUGUAGCUGAAAGUAUCAGCCAUGCAACUGCAGGGGAGUCUUGUAUUCUAAUGCAGCGACAGGGAUGAGACAACAUCAGUUUAUUUAACUGAAUUUAUGGUGUGAUAACCAGGAUCACCAUUCCUUUGUCCCACUCUGUGCAUCCCAGAUCUCUGUGAAGCCUUGAGUGGCACAUCCUGGGCUCUGACACAGCUCACCUUCCAGGCAAAGCAGAGCUGUUUUGUGACAGCUGGAGCAGAGGAUUGUUAGCUGGCCUGUUCUGCUCCUGGCUAAAUAACCUCAGCCCUUCUGUGCUCUGUUUUUCCUCCUCUGUAGCAGCCAGCCAGCUGGAAUGUGUGCAGUUCUACCUUGUUCUUGUUUGCAGUCAGCAUGUCCUGCUGAAUCUUCUGUUUCACCUCUUUCCUUUGGGAAACUGCAUUGAGGGACAGCAGAUUGCUUCCAGCAAUAAAACUAAAUGUAAUAUUAUUUCAUCUCCUUUACUAUAUAUAGACAGAGGAUGAAGAGAAUUGGUGAAGCAAGCAAUGAGAUUCUAGUCACUGAAAUUACUCAAACAGAAGAGAGAUCUUAAAUCCUAGAGGCUUCCAAGCCAGCUGGAUCAGGGCUGAAAAUGUGUACUUGGAGUUUGUUCAGUGACAGCAGUAGUAGUGCUCUGAGCGAGGAGGAAGAAGGAAACCUUUUAGGGAUAGAAGGAGGAGGAAUGUGUGCUUCUUGUGCCUUUUUUUGUAAUCCAGUAAUUGUCUUUGCAGAGCAAGCAAGAAUGUGCACUCAUCUAUUGCUGGGUCUCUUUCCAAAUAUAGCUAGAUUCUCAUAAAAUCAGACAACUUCACACUGCUGCAGCGACAAAAAGAUUCCCAGUGUCUUCAUGGGCACACAGAAAAUUCCUUAAUUCUUCUAAGACUAAGAAAAACCAGAACAAGUCCUCUUUGAGCCCAGCUUUGCUCCUUGCCUUAGGAACUCAGUGCCUGCUGACGGCAUCUCGCUUGCAUCAGGGAGCUCUGCUUUCGUGUGCAGCCCAGCAGCUUGCUUCUGUAGCCAGGCUCUGCCUUUUCUCAGCCCUGAUCACGCUCUGUGCCUAAGCAAAGGGUCUGCAGAUGCCUCUGAUUGCAUAACGCCUUGUUGUCUAAUUUGAAACACGCACUUUGAAGCAGAAAGCCAGAAGUUGUAGCUCUGUGUUGCGCGAAGCUGAAGCUGGUUAAUGCCAACCUGGUUGAGGAGGCUCUCAGUCUGCAAAGCACAAAACCUGCUGCUGUCCCAGCUGAACCCAGCAAUCACUUGGAAGUGCAUUACUUGAAGCCACCCAGGGCUGUGACAGCUUCCCAAGGCCCAGCAGUGCCAUCGAGAGCUCUGCUGUCUCAGUGGAAACGGAUCUUAUUUCCUGAGCGUGUUUCGGAGAUCCAAGAUGACCAAAUGGUUCUCCUUUCUUCUGCUGUUAACUGCACUGUUAAAAUCUUUUCUUGUGAUCCCCUGUGUAAUCCAGGAGGAGCAGAUUUCAGCUCUGGGUAACGCAUUAAAGUCGGACAGAAAUGCUCAGCGCUGCUCAUCACAAAGUUCUCCGACCAAAGGAAAGAUUCUCAACCCAGGGGAUAAGCGAGUUCAGCUGUGGAAGAUUUCCUGCCUACUACUUUCAUGCCCUGCGUGGGGAUUUAUGCCACAGAAAGCUUUAAAGUUUCUGACAUUCUCUCUGUCAUGUGCUAAGGGCUUAUUUUUGAGAUUCCUAUUACGUGAACUGGAAAUGUGCACAGGGAAGGGAGCGCACACCCGUCGUCUCCGUUCAGCCUCAGAAAUGUUUGCCUGCAUUAAAGCAAACAAAUACUUGAGCUUUCUGCCACUAGCUGUGAUGCUGCACUCCACCACUGCUUUCUCCUGGAAAUGAGAAUAAAAUUAAUAUAAGUUCA